AUGUCUUCCCUACCAUCUCAACACCCAACUCUAUCCCUCCACCUAACCGACUCAGCCCUGACACCUCUGAUAACCUCCUCCUCCUCCCCAACCCACCUCGACUCACUCACCUCCCUGGCCUCCACAGCCUUGACAUCUCACACCGCCGCAUCCCGCGUCAACCUGGGCUGCCCCCAGAGGAUAAUGGUUGAGUACCCCGACCACGGCGCCGUCGUCCUGCAGUCGUACAUCGACCCUCACCAACACCACGCCCACGACCACCACAACCAGCCCUCAUCUUCCUCCUCCUCUAGAUCUGCCAGCUCUAUCGUCGGCGCUGCCCGCCCCUCCUCCGCCUUCGCCGCUGCUACCACUGCCACGCCCGCGCUAAGGUCAUACACCACUCCCGACCCGGAUGAUGCUCCCCCCCGGCUUGUCAGCGUCGUCGUGGCCGGCUCUGCCGAUCAGGCCCGCGAGGCCCGCCGGGCUGCUGCCAGGUUGGAGAGGCUCGGCCGCGAUUUCCAGAGGGAGUGGGCUACAGAGUCUUUGACUGAGACUACUACACAACCUUGGUGA